AUGUUUCCUCUCUCUCUCUCUCUCUCUCUCUCUGUCUCUUUCCUUCUUUUUUUCUUUUUCAGACUCUUUUCUAAGAUUGUCUCCCCCAUUUAUUCAUCUCAAUCCCCUUCUUCUCCCGACAUGGUUCAUUUUUUUCUUUCAAACUCUCUUUCUCUUUUCAUUCUCUCCUCUCGAACUAAUUUUCUCCUUUCUAUAAUCGUCUCUCCUUUUUACUCUUUUUCAACUCCUUCAUCUCCUGAUAGGGUUCUCCUUUUUUCCUGUGAGGGUCUCUUCCCGUUUCUAUCUUUCAGUCUUAUUUCCCCGAAUUCGUUCUCUCUUUUUACUAUGAUUGUCUUUCCCUUUCACUCAUCUGUAGCCCUUUCUUUUUCCGGCAUCAAUUUUUCUUUUUCUUCUUCUCGUGCCCUCUUUUUGCAUGACUUAAUACCUAACUAUCUCUUUUUUACUCUCUUCUCCCGAAUAGAUUCUCAUUUCCACUUUUCUUUUUUUCCAACAAAUUAUUUCCUUUCUCUUCCCAACAAUAGCGUUCGUAUUCCUCUUCUUCUUCCUCUUCUUGUUCUCCCUCCCCUUCUUUACUUAUUACAGCUGGGAUCUCAUUCAUCUCAUUUUUAUGCCUAUCCCUCUCUUUCUUCUACAUUAUUCUUUAUUUCCUUUCAUUCUUUCUUCUUUUUUUCCUCCCUUCCUUUUCAUCUUCUUUCUCUUCGUUCUUCCUCUUCUUCUUUAUUCAUUACAGUUGGAAUCUCAUUCAUUUUGUUUUUAUGUCUGUCUAUCCCUCUCUUUCUCACACAUUUUUCUUUAUUUUCCUUCGUUUCUCCUUCUUUUCUGCUCCCUUCAUUUUAA